UUAUUUAAUAUACAUAUUCAUUUAUAUUAAUUCGUAUACAAUCAUUUACUAUACCCACUAAAAUGAGUUACGAAAAGAAAGUAAACUUUUUUACUUUGAUCUGAUCAGUUUUUAAAUAAUUAUCUUCUAAUAGCAUAUUUAUCCCAAAAAUUCAGCAUAUUUCAAGAAUUUGACAGGUUGACAACACGAAAGCUAUUGACAUUGUGAUAAAAAGCAGUUCAAAAUUCAAGUGAAAGUUUUGGAUUCUUCAGGAUUUUCCAUCAAAUUAUGUCAUAAGAACCGAUUAGGUAAAGGAUGCCGUCAUUGCUAGAAGCAUUAGAACAAAAAUAUCAAGAUGGAGGUAAUGCAACCGACACAGAGGGUUCUGUGUCAAUUUUCGUUCCGAGGAAACCACCCCGCGUCAUUGUGCCUUCUUUGUUGGUCUUGAACGACUGUGAUAUAACCUCCGCAGGCGAUAAACAGGCCCUGGUUGACAAAUGUGCUGCCGUUGAGGAACUUGACCUUGCGAAAAAUAAACUUGAACAUUGGCCAGAGGUAUUAGAAAUCCUCAAACAUAUGCCCCGACUGAAAUUCGUAAAUUUGAGUUUCAACUGUCUGGCACUUCCGUUAAACGGCCAGGAACUGGAUGAGCAAAUUAGAUGGCAAAAUUUGCGAAAUCUUGUUCUGAAUUCUACCCGCGUGCCAUGGAAAAAUAUCCAGAGGAUAUUAAAUCAUUUGCCAAGUCUUGAAGAGCUCCACCUUAGUCUAAAUGAUUACAAUAACGUCGAGCUCUACGACGAAACAUUACACUGUGACUGUGACGGAGAAAAGCCGGAAACGGAAACCAAUGAGAACAAUGUCGAAAAAUCAUCCACCGUUAUCGAUUCGGAAUUCAAUUGUAACUGUGGCAGUCCAGUUGAACCAAAGAGAAAGCACAAGCAUUUGAAAGUUAAAAAAGUCCACUUUACUGGCAAUCCUGUAUCGAAAUGGCAUGAAAUAUGUAAAAUCGGGUACGCGUUUCCUAAUUUGGAAUCGCUGGUCGUUGCGGAAUGCCCGAUAAAAUCGUUAGAAGUCGAUUACGACGUUGAAAAUUGUAACAAAGAAAAGCCGCAGUACGAGAGGUCAGAGAGCGGCUACGAAUCAGAUACCAAAACUCCUCACGACAGUUUCAACAAACUGAAGUUUCUUAAUUUGAAUGCCACUCACCUUUCCACGUGGGACGAUGUUGAACGAUUGUCAAAGUUUCCAGCACUUCACUGUCUUCGAGUUCAGGUAAAUACAAAAUUUUGGUAUCCUGACUUUACUGUUUCGUACAACUAGAUACAUUUAAUUUUAAGUUGGAAUAAGAAAAAAACGCAGUGUUCACAAAAUUUUUCAUAGUGCAACUCUAAUGUGCUCAGAAAAAAUUGGUUGACUCUGUGGCUUUUCCUUUUCCACACUUAAAAUUGGUAAACUCUUAAUUUUAUUGAUAUAAUCAAGUUUGCAUCAAUAGUGACCAUUCAACAGAAUUAAAAAAGUUUUGUACAAUGAAUUUUUCCCUCAGCGAUGACGUGUAAUUGAUAAAAUAUAUAUGUAAUGAAAGUACAUAUAUUUUCAUUUACUUCAUUAUCUCCGCAUACUGUACCCGCCUGAAAAAGCCAAAGUCGAAACAAUUGUUGCAAA